AAAUAAAAGGGAAAUUAAAAUAAGAUAAAAUAUUCACCCAAAAAAUGCCCCCUCUGGUUAUCCUCUCAACUGCUCAGAGAAAGCAAGAAGAAGAAGGAAGAGGAGGAGGAGGGAGAGCGCGAAGACGGUGAAGGCGUUGGCAUUCCUCGAGCUUCGUUCGCUGAAGCUUGAGAUGGUACAGUAGCUUCAUACGGGAGCUGGAGGUGAAACAAUGGCAAUCGGCGGUCUUAUCUCGAACCGUAAUUUUGGUGGCUUCAUCGGCUCAGGAAAAGUUUGUCAAAAGGAGAAAAUAAGAGGGGAUAAUCUCUGCAUUUCACCAAGCUAUGCACGCCGCAACGUUCCCUGUCAGAAAAUGCAGAGACAGAAGGCACAUUUUCCUGCCCUACGCGUUAUUGUUCUUUCAAAUGGCAUGAACUCGAGAACUAUGCAAAUGUUGUACAGUGGAAGGGAAGCACCUCUUCUGUCGUCUCAAAAUUUUAGGGAGAGUAAUCGUGCUCUUGCCUCCUCCCAAAGAAGCAGAAGAUACUGUUUCUCUCCUCCGCUAAAUUCUUCUUAUAGCAGCUGGCAUGAACUUGGACCUUCGAAACUGCUGGCCAGAUCAGAUGCUAAAGUACACAAGUCUCAACUUGUUGAUUUUAAUAGAAUUCGUGUUCACUACAAGUCGGAGGAAUAUGAUAUUACGGAAGCAAAGUUGGAGGCAUUGACUCCUCCAGAAGCAUCUAGUGAUGUAUUUAUGGUGGAUGCAACUGCAAAAGAAGCAUCUCCUUGGUGGGAGCAGUUCCCAAAGCGCUGGGUGAUUGUGCUGCUCUGUUUCGCGGCUUUUCUGUUAUGCAACAUGGACAGGGUCAAUAUGAGCAUUGCCAUUCUUCCCAUGUCGCAAGAGUUUGGGUGGAACAGUGCAACAGUUGGAUUGAUUCAAUCCUCAUUCUUCUGGGGCUAUCUACUUACGCAGAUCCUCGGAGGGAUAUGGGCUGAUAAAAUUGGUGGGAAGUUGGUACUGGGAUUUGGAGUGGUCUGGUGGUCAGUAGCAACUAUUUUGACCCCACUUGCAGCACGAAUUGGGCUUCCAGUUUUGCUCAUUAUGCGUGCGUUUAUGGGGAUCGGCGAGGGAGUGGCUAUGCCUGCUAUGAAUAAUUUACUUUCUAAGUGGAUUCCAGUUUCAGAGAGAAGUAGAUCUUUGGCACUAGUAUACAGUGGCAUGUAUCUUGGUUCAGUUAUAGGGUUGGCAUUCUCUCCUGUUCUGAUCCAUAAGUUUGGGUGGCCAUCUGUGUUCUAUUCAUUUGGCUCUCUCGGAAGUAUCUGGUUUGCGUUAUGGCUGAGAAAAGCUUAUAGUUCACCAAAAGAAGAUCCAGAGCUUAGUGAAAAUGAAAAAGAAUUUAUCCUAGGAGGCAGCAUAUCCAAGGAACCGGUGACUGUUAUCCCGUGGAAAUUGAUUUUAUCAAAAGCACCUGUCUGGGCUUUAAUAAUCUCCCAUUUCUGCCACAACUGGGGAACCUUUAUUCUUUUAACAUGGAUGCCGACAUACUACAACCAGGUUCUGAAGUUCAACCUCACUGAAUCUGGGCUCUUCUGUGUCUUACCAUGGUUUACAAUGGCUGCAUUUGCCAACUUAGGAGGAUGGAUUGCCGACACACUUGUUAGCAGAGGUCUCUCCAUUACGGUUGUUCGUAAGAUAAUGCAGUCAAUUGGGUUUUUAGGCCCAGCCUUCUUCCUUACACAACUGAGCCAUGUGAAGACACCUGCUAUGGCAGUCCUAUGCAUGGCAUGUAGUCAGGGAUCUGACGCAUUCUCUCAAUCGGGUCUGUAUUCCAAUCACCAAGACAUUGGACCACGUUAUGCUGGAGUACUGCUCGGGUUAUCGAACACAGCAGGAGUGCUUGCCGGUGUCUUUGGGACAGCUGCGACUGGAUAUAUACUUCAACGGGGUUCUUGGGAUGAUGUAUUUAAGGUUGCUGUCGUACUGUACAUCAUCGGCACCCUAGUAUGGAACUUUUUUUCCACCGGAGAGAAAAUUCUCGACUAGAAAUUUUUCAGAGGAGACAAGAACAUGUUGUUAACUAAAGGCAUUAACUAAGGAUCUCCUACGUGAAACACUGAAGUUAUACGAGGAUCUCCAAAACGAGAAAUCAGCUCACCCAUGGCAGAGGGCUUGAAGAUGCUUCGGGUUGGAUAUAUGGGUAUAGACCUCACCUCUUACAUUCUCCCCAGAGGAAGAGGCUUUUGGGCCGUCCCAGCCACAUUUGUAAAGCUCGGGAAAUAUGCUUAUUACCGCAGGUUAUAUUCUGUUUCUUUUCCGGUACAUCUCGACUCAGAGGAAUUCCGGGUAAUUAGCAUCGAUGUACCUCCUCUUUGACCCACAAUACAAUUAUACAAUGCUUGAAGUCCAGGUCUGUUUGAGGAAACCUCACACAAACUAUUCUCAGCAAAUUCAAGAUUUGACAUUAUUUAUUC